AUGGUCGAAAACAAAGGCAGCCAGUGCCUCUACUUGCAGGACAUGAGGAAGAGCAAGACAUCCAUGGCGGACUGUCUCUCAAUAAUUAGUGAAGACCCAGAGUGGGUCUUGACAACCAUGAAACUUCUCAUCCUUACCUGCCUUGUGACUGCUGCUCUUGCCAGGCCUAAUGAACUAGAUAGCAAAGAGUCUUCAUCAGAGGAGCUUAGAGAGCAGAAGCACAUUCAAGGGGAAGACGUGCCCUCCGAACGUGAUCUGAGAGAGCCUAUGAGAGUAGUGAAUCAGCCUUUCCAACAAUUCUAUCAGCUUGAUGCCCAUCCCUAUGCUGCCUGGUAUUAUCCUCCACAAGUCACACAAUAUAUUGCUUCUCCAUCAUUCUCCGACAUCCCUAAACCCAUUGCCUCUGAGAACGGUGGAAAAACAAUUAUGCCACUGUGGUGGUAA